GUGUUACACAAAAACCAAUGGCACUUUCUCGGGUGGCACUCUCCCUCUAAUGCACCGCGUGGCAGCGCGCCAACCCGACGGGCUGGAAAUGAUGCCCCUCAACCCUGUUUUGUCUCGCUGCCAUGGACGUGACAGCCCGCAGCUCAACGGCUCCCAGGAGAGAGAUCCAGCCGAAGAGUUAGAGGAAGGCAAGGCUCCACCCCUUUCCCAGAAUUCCCCUUGUCUGCCAGUGGAGACAAAGUCCACCCUCGAGCAGCAACGAGGAGUUCAGCCCCUGCAGCAUGAAGACUCGGAGGGUCCUGUGGUGUGUUGGGAACAGCUGGGACUGCCUGAUCUGGACUGUAAGGAAAAAACAGCCUGGAUCUCUACUGGAAACCUGAAUGGAGAUCUCAUCCAGCCUACCGUGCAGGAGAUCUGAACACGUUUAAACCAGAAAAUACUUAUCAAACAUGCAUACACACUAAACACAAGAAAGAGAACGAGAGAAAUUGGGAAUAGGAACAUGAACGAAUAAAGAAAAUUGCCAGUGAUGGAAUAGUCAAAGACAUUGAGUGACUUAAAAUGGACACUAAACUGACUUCUUACAGAGCUGGAGAAGACUGACGAGAGAAAGAAGAAUGUAAAUAAACAGAAUGAAAAGAGACUUUUAUGCAAAGAUGAUGGAAGACUCAAAGACUGAAACGAUCCCACUUGUGGGAGGACUUUUAAAAGUAAAAGCAAAA